AUGCCCCGCGCCCCGCCCGCCGCCGCGCGCCCCCGGCCCCCCGCCAGCCCGAGCGCCCGCGCCGCCGCGCCCGGCGGGCAGGAGGGGAGGCCAGGAAGGCCGGGGUCUUUGCAAGGAGCUGCUGGAGCUGGAGGGAGGCGGUUGGGAAGUUCUGCUGCGAGUCUGCCCUGUGGCUCACGCGGGCUCGAGGGGGCCUGGGUCUCUCACCGGCUUUCUCUCCCUUCUUGUAGGCUUCUGUCUCCCCUCCUCCCUCUCUGGCCUCUGCUGUUGCUGCCUCUCCCACGGCCUGCUCAGGGCUCUUCUUCCUCCUCCUCCUCCUCCUCUUCUUCCUCCUCCCCUCGAACCCCACCAGCCCCAGCCCGCCCGCCAUGCUCCCGAGGCGGGCCCUCAGCCCCCCGACACGUGUGCGUGUGGGAACGGGCACCCCCACCCAGUCGAUCCUCCCGGGCCCCCAGAUCCCGGCGGCAGAUCCUGCCGGGAACGGCGCCCCCCGCCACCCCCUCAGGCUUUGAGGAGGGGCCCCCAUCUUCCCAGUACCCCUGGGCGAUUGUAUGGGGGCCCACGGUGUCUCGAGAGGACGGGGGAGACCCUAACUCUGUCAACCCCGGGUUUCUACCCCUGGACUAUGGUUUUGUAGCCCCCCACGGGCUGGCUACCCCCCACCCCAACUCAGACUCCAUGCGGGAUGACGGAGACGGGCUGAUUCUGGGGGAGACUCUGGCCACCCUGAGACCAUUCCUGUUUGGGGGGCGUGGCGAAGGUGUGGACCCGCAGCUGUAUGUCACCAUCACCAUCUCCAUCAUCAUUGUUCUGGUGGCUACUGGCAUCAUAUUCAAAUUCUGCUGGGAUCGCAGCCAGAAGCGGCGCCGGCCCUCGGGGCAGCAGGGCGCCCUGCGGCCGGAGGACAGCCAGCAGCCGCUCGCAGACCUGUCCCCCGCGGGGGUCACUGUGCUGGGGGCUUUCGGGGACUCGCCCACCCCCACCCCUGACCACGAAGAGCCCCGAGGGGGGCCCCGGCCCGGGAUGCCCCAGCCCAAGGGGGUUCCAGCCUUGCAGAUGAACCGGAUCCCCCUGGUGAACCUGUGACGCUCCCCCUCCUGUGUUGGGGAGCCGCCAAGCAGGAGUCCGGGGGUCCCGGCUGAGGGGCACGGGCGGAGCCAUGGGGGCCCCCCCGGCCCUGGGCGCUGCGCCCCGGAUGCUGCCCGGCCUGGGGUGACCGGGGCGGGGCCCACACGCCCGCCCGCACGCCAGCCGCUGCUCACUGUUCCUCGGCACCCCCCAUGCCCCGUGCUGUGCGCGCGCCUGCGGACACGCGCGUGCGCGCCUCGGCCCCGGCC